GCAGAUCAGGAGGGUUGCAUGCCGACCCCGGCUCCCCACUAGCAGGGAUCAGGCAGCUGGCUGGGUGUGUGCGGCGCAGCGUCUCCCUUGGACCCGCCAUGGAGACAAUGCCUGUGCGGCUGCAUUCAGCGUGAGCAUUGUCUCCAGAGCGGACUGCUGGGGCAGUGACAGCCGCUCCGGCCACUGACAUCACACUGCAGCCUGCUCUCUAUCGCCAUGGACAGCGCCAGGAGCAUUGAGCUGGAGCAUUUCGAGGAGAGGAAGAAAAACCAGAGGCAAUCCCGAAAAGGCGGGGGAGGUCCGGGCAGCAGCUCUGGAGCAGGAGCCCGGGGCAAUGGACUGAUCCCCAGCCCGGCACACAGCGCUCACUGCAGCUUCUACCGCACCCGCACCCUGCAGGCGCUCAGCUCCGAGAGGAAGGCCAAGAAGGUGCGCUUCUACCGCAACGGGGACCGCUACUUCAAGGGGCUGCCCUACGCCGUGUCCGCCGAGCGCUUCAGGUCCUUCGAAGGUCUGCUGAUGGAGCUGACCCGCUCCCUGAGCGACAAUGUCAGCCUGCCGCAGGGGGUGCGCUGCCUCUACACGCUGGAUGGCACCAGGAAGAUCACCAGCCUGGACGAGCUGCAGGAAGGAGAAAGCUAUGUUUGUGCCUCAAAUGAGUCUUAUCGAAAGGUGGACUACAAUCGAAACACAAGUCCCAACUGGUCUGUGAAUGUAAGGACUGGGUCUGGACGAUCGUUGUCGUCCCUAACUACACUGAAGAAUGAAAUGAGAGAAGGCAAGGACUUUAUUAAACCCAAGCUUGUGACGGUCAUCCGGAGUGGAGUAAAGCCACGCAAGGCUGUUCGCAUCCUUCUAAAUAAGAAGACCGCUCACUCCUUUGAGCAGGUCUUAACAGACAUCACGGAUGCUAUAAAGUUGGAUUCAGGUGUUGUCAAGAGGUUAUGCACUCUGGAUGGAAAACAGGUUACAUGUCUUCAAGACUUUUUUGGUGAGGACGAUGUGUUUGUAGCCUGUGGACCAGAAAAAUACCGAUAUGCCCAGGAUGACUUUGUUCUGGACCACAGUGAAUGUCGUGUUUUGAAAACUUCUUCAUAUUCCCGCUCCCAGAAGCAAACGGGUUCCAAGAGUCCUGGGUCUUCGCGGCGUAGUAAAUCUCCCGGAGCGGUAAGGAGGACUGGCUACUACUCCAGUGCCUAUUCUUCACGGUCCCCAGUAAAUGGGACACCAAGCAGCCAGCUGUCUACUCCAAAAUCUACAAAAUCAUCGUGUUCAUCGCCAACAAGUCCUGGAAGUUACCGAGGUCUAAAGAUUUCGCCUCAUUUUGGAUCAACGUCUAAUGUGAACGGUCUUCCUGACGCUCCUAAUAGUCCUGAAGGACUUAAUGGAAAUAGGUAUCUUGAUGCUUCCACAAUCCUGGAGAAAUAUAAAAUAGGGAAAGUGAUUGGAGAUGGCAACUUUGCCGUUGUGAAAGAAUGCGUUGAAAGGUCUACAGGCAAAGAAUAUGCAUUAAAAAUCAUAGACAAGGCAAAGUGCUGCGGAAAGGAGCAUCUGAUUGAGAAUGAGGUGUCAAUAUUGCGCCAAGUGAAACACCCCAAUAUUAUAAUGCUCAUAGAGGAGAUGGACACUACAACAGAGCUGUAUCUGGUGAUGGAAUUAGUCAAGGGAGGAGACUUAUUUGAUGCAAUCACAUCUUCAACAAAGUACACAGAACGAGAUGCCAGUGCAAUGAUAUACAAUCUUGCUAGUGCUAUGAAGUAUCUUCACAGCCUUCAUAUAGUUCAUAGAGACAUCAAACCUGAAAACCUUCUGGUUUGUGAAUAUCCAGAUAAAACUAAAUCUCUAAAGCUCGGAGACUUUGGACUGGCCACAAUAGUGGAUGGACCACUGUACACGGUCUGCGGUACACCAACCUAUGUUGCUCCAGAAAUAAUUGCAGAGACUGGGUAUGGUUUAAAGGUUGAUAUAUGGGCAGCUGGUGUGAUCACAUACAUCUUACUCUGUGGAUUCCCGCCUUUCAGAAGUGAGAAUAAUCUUCAGGAAGAUCUUUUUGAUCAGAUUCUGAUUGGGAAGCUGGAAUUCCCUUCUCCAUACUGGGAUAACAUUACAGACUCUGCAAAGGAGCUGAUCAGUUGUAUGUUACAAGUAAAUGUAGAUGACAGGUUCACAGCAGAUCAGAUCCUGUCUCACCCCUGGGUGUCUGACGAUGCCUCACUGGGGAAUAAUAUGCAGGUUGAAGUCACAGGUAAAUUAAAACAGCAUUUUAACUCAUUACCUAAGGAUAAUAACACUACAGCUGCAGUGUCUGUGAUCAUGAACACAGCUCUUGAUAAACAAGGGCAGAUUGUUUCUUGCAAACGCUGUGACAACAAUGGUACCACUGACCCGGAGAACACCAGCACCGUGACAGCGUUGGCUGAUGACCGUCACCUGGAUUUGGGGUCUACCAAAUUGAUGUGAUGGAUACAAGCCUGGAGCAGAUUAAUGUCUACUGGGCAGCGUGAUCACUAACCUUGAGGAUAACUAAUGACCAUAUCCAGCGGGUGAUAUCUGUUCUUAUUACAACUUGUUUUUAUUUUUCAGGAACACUUACUGACUUCCACCAGUUUUCAUUACAAUCAGUAAAGGACUAUACUAGAGUGUUAGAUUUGGACUUUGAAUUAGUUUCUGACAGGUAUAGUUAUGUUUCCAUAUGUUUCUGUAUUGGUUAGUUCCUGAAGAAGAAGUACUGGUCCGAUGGCUACUGAUUUGUUAACACUACUAAGAUUUUAAGAAGAAAAUCUCUAUGGCACGUCCUAAUUUCAGCUUUGAUCAUGGUAGUUCCUUUUUUUAGGUGGGGGGUACAGAGGAUUCUCAUUUUCUCUAUAGUUUUUAGUUUUUUAAGAAAUCCUAAAAUUGGAUUCUAGAAUCCUACAAUGUAAUGGGCCAAGUUUAAAAAUUCUGCAGUAUUUCAGACCUUUGGUGAAAAGGGUACAUGGUUUCAACACGUGGGUAUUUAUUUGAAGACAUGUUCUUCCAUUGACUGAUGUGUGACUACUUUUUUUGGAUCUACGACUAUUUAUGUAAAACGAACUUGCUAAUAAUUCUGUUACAGAAUGGAAUGUAGAGGUUGCUGCAUGUCACAUCUCAACAGAAGUGGUGCAAUUAAAUAUUUUAAAACAUUUUCUAAGAAAAAAUUACUGCUCCAUAUCCAUAUAAGCAGCGGGAAUAUGUAAUUUAGGGGCUAAUCUAAAAUGUGUCAUGGUCAUACUGGAUAGACCAUUCUAGCAUUAAACAUACACAAGCAUAUAGAUAUGCUUUUUAAUAACCCUUCCAUAUUGUGCGCUCAUUGCUCAAACAACCAACUUGCAGCAAAGAUUGCUCAUCAGGUCCAUACCUGGUUAGAAGCUGCUAUCCUGCAUGGUUUCUACUUGUUAUGCUACUUACAUAGGGCCUUCUGUUAUCACAAAUUAUCACAGGAAUCCACCUAUCUCUAAAGAGGUAAAGACAAUCAUGGUUAAUGGGCCUACUCAUUCUACAGUGGCCUGAAAAGGUUAAGCAAUUGGUUUGAUAUUAUAGAGUAAAUAUAUUUUCUAAUUUUCUGUAAAAAUCACCUCGAAAUGGACAAGACUAUUAUUGGUAAUAUUGUUAAAUGUGAUGGGAACUUCAUAGACCCUAUUGGCAAAGGCGUACCUACCACCGAGGUAGACACUGCAGCUGCUAUGGGGCUUUUGGAAGGAUGGGAUCCUGCCUUGGUUGGUCUUAUGUCUUUGUGCAGGACUCUUAUCUGCUUGUACAACUGCAUUGUAAGCAACCAAGGGGACGAAGAAUUGGUAAUGUGUGAAACCUUAAUAGGGUAAUUUGACCUUUGGUAAGGGUUGCCCUCUCCUCUAUAGAUCACCUGCCUGUAGACCUUCAAGUUUAAGAAUCUCCCAAGACAAACAGAACAUGCCUAAUGAAAUUUAUAUUUUUGGAUAGUAGCCAAAGGUAUGGAUAUAGCUGUCUGGUUAGGACUCUUUCAAACAGAAAAUAGUACACCAAGGGUUAACUUUUAUAUAUUAAAUCUGGCAGUAGAAUAAGAGUGUUCUAUGCUGUUCUUUUAUAUGGCAAGAGCAGAAGAAGAUACGUUCAACAGAGGGGCCUGGAAACUGAAAAUGUGGACAUCAAGCUAAAUAAACACAACUGCAUGAAUACUAUCCAAAAUGGCCUAAUUAAGCAAUUUGAAUAAAGUCUAAAUGAAUACAUAUAUUUAUUAAAAAUGAGCCUAUCCCUGCUAUAUGUAAUUAAAGGUUAUGGACACACUUGAGGACAAUUUAUUUUAUUAUUGCUUUCCACUUAUUUUGGGCUAAAUGAGUGAAAGCUGUAGAGAAAAAAAAGUGAACAUUUUUACAAGAGAACCAC